AUGGACUUUCCCGAUGAGCAAUAUGUCCCCGAGCGGAAAAUCAUCUAUGCAAUCGUCUAUACCGGCCCCGAGCCAUUCAGGCGCUUGUACGACGAGUAUGCGGAGGCGCUCAGGCGUCUCAAGCGUGGAUGUCCUGGAUAUCAAGCAAGAAUAACUGAUGAUCAGUCGCACAAUUUCUUCCUUUUGUGUUUCCCCCUGGAUGUCACGAGUUAUGAAUAUCCUGAUACACAGGCAAUAGCACUUGUGGAGUUUAUUUUGGACCCGGAAAAGCGCAAAGAAGGCCAAUUCUCUGAUGAAUUCCUUGGGGUGCAUCCGGUAUUUGAUGAAGAUCGACUUCCUACCACUUUAGCUAGUCCGCUAUCCUGGUCUGACGCUCGUUGUGAUGAGCAAUUCACAGAGUCGUCGUGGGAGUACAUUGUUGAAGACAGGAAAAGUUUUAUGUGUCGUCGAAGUCGCCGGCUUCGUUACCGCGAUAUGGUUACUUACCAUAUGGAUGAGAACGGGUUUACCUCCGCGACUCUUUAUGAUCCCAGAACCGGUGUCACUAUCACGAACGAAGACCCUCGUGCUGAAUUCGACUAUGACCUCGAUGCUGCCGUUAUCGCGACCUCAAGCCAGUCUGGCCCUGGAGCAUAA